UGAGAGGGGAGAAGUAGUCAGAAACAUGGCUGCUCCCGUGGAUGACAUGUUUUCCCUCUGCGUGGAACCCGGCAAAGCCGCUGGCAGUGUGGAGGUGAGGUUUAUCGACAACAUUAAGGGCAAAGGUCUUUUUGCCAAAAGGAGCAUCAAGAAGGGAGAUGUCAUCUUUGUGGAGCGGCCCCUGAUUUCGGCCCAGUUCCUGUGGAAUUCUUUGUAUAAAUAUAAAGCCUGUGAGUACUGCUUACGAGCUCUGGAGACGGCCGAGGAGAAUGCCAGGAGACUCAGCGGGAUCCCAGGACUCAGCCUCCCACACCCCGAGCUCUGCCGAGUCCGACCGGAGCUGCACCAGGCGUGUCCUCAGUGUCAGGUGUUGUACUGUAGCAGUGAGUGUCGGCAGGCUGCAGCAGACCAGUAUCAUCGAGUUCUCUGUCUGGGCCCUUCUCAGGAAGAUCCUGACCAUCCAAUCAACAAACUCAAAGAUGCAUGGAGGAGCGUGCAUUACCCUCCGGAGACCUCCAGCAUCAUGCUGAUGGCUAAGAUGGUAGCGGUGGUCAAACAGGCCAAAGACAAAUCCCACUGGCAGAAGCUGUUUUCACAUUUCUGCAGCCGAGCAGCCAAUGAGGAAGAGGAGAUCGCUCAUAAGCUCCUCGGAGAGAAGUUCAGAGGACAGCUGGCCUUGUUACACAGCCUUUUUAAAGCAGCACUUUAUGACGAUCAUCUCAGUCGGUGGUUUGUCCCUGAGGGUUUCCGCUCUCUGUUUGCCCUCGUGGGAACGAACGGCCAAGGCAUAGGAACAAGCUCUUUGAGUCAGUGGGUUCAUGCCUGUGAUGCACUUGAGCUUCCUGCCCAGCAGAGGGAGCAGUUGGACUCCUUUAUCGACCAGCUGUACAAGGACAUUGAGAAAGAAACUGGAGACUUCUUGAACUGCGAGGGCUCUGGACUGUUUCUGCUUCAAAGCUCAUGUAACCACAGCUGCGUACCCAAUGCAGAGGCGUCCUUCCCCGACAACAACUUCCUGCUCCAGCUCAGCGCCCUCAGUGACAUCAGCCCAGGAGAGGAGAUCUGCAUCAGUUAUUUGGACUGCUGUCAGCGGGACCGAAGCCGGCACAGCAGACACAAAAUUCUGAGGGAGAACUACCUGUUCGUCUGCUCGUGUCCAAAGUGCGUCUCACAGAUGGACGAGCUGGAUGUGACAUCAGACGAGGACGAGGAGGAAGAAGGAGAGGCAGAAGGUGAAACAGAGGGGGAUGAGAUGGAGGAUGAGAUGACAGAUGUCUGAUGAAAGACUUGCUCAUACUUCCUGUUCCUGCCGCCACGCUAAGCAACCAAUGAAGCCCAGAAGAAUAAAGAGCAGUCCAAACGUGUGGAAAAAAAUCUCUCGUUAUCACUCAUUCUGUGUCUCAUGUAAGAGUCUCGGAGAAAGUUUUCUCCUUAAAUCAGGCACAUAUAAGGUAAAGAAGCAGGGCCGCAUCGGGACAGUGCUGUUAUUUCAUUAUUCUCUCUCUACUUCAGCACACUGGGGGUUUAAAAUAAAACACAGGACUAUGACUUUGAACUUCCAGGGUUUUUGAUCAUGCUGGCGUCCACACUGGUUGGACAUUAAAGCACUGCUAUGCCUUUUUACCCCCCAGAGAACAUGUAUAAAAGGGCUACUAUUGCCACACAUCUCAUGAAAUAUGAAUAAAAACACUUAAAUCUG